GAAGUUCUUUCAAUUGAUUGGACUAUCUGACUUUGAAGAUAAUUGCGGGGAACUGAACAAUUGUGUGUCAGAACUUAGUAUUCAGGUUCUUAUACUCAUGAUCUUUAAAAUGGGACCCAAGUUCAUAUCAGAUAUUUUAAUACCAUGGUUGAAGACAUUUAAGAAUAAAAUCAAGAGAGAUAAAAGCCUGUCUUCACCAUCAAAAAAUCAGACCAUGCAAUCUACCGUGGAUUAUUAUAUUAUUAAAGAAUACUGGAAACCAGAUCUCGGAGACUUCACAUUGGAGGAAUAUACUGAGAAGGUCAUACAAUACGGCUACCAAAUGUUGUUUUCAAUCUCAUUCCCUCUGGCACCACUACUUUUCUUUCUAUCCAUUUUAUUCGACGUGCACGUGGAUGCCAAGCGCCUGCUAUUGAUGUACAAACGUCCCAUUGCCUUUAUGGCUCAGGAUAUCGGUAAGAUCUUUUAUGAAUUAUAA